AUGGAUCACCUGGCGGCUCCCCAUAAUGUGACCGAAUUUAUUCUCUUGGGGCUCACACAGAAUCCACGCUUGCAGAAGAUCCUCUUCGUGGUGUUUCUGUUCAUUUUCCUCUUUACCCUGCUGGCGAAUCUGCUCAUCGUCCUCACCAUCGCCCUGAGUCCCACCCUUUCAGCUCCCAUGUACUUUUUUCUCACUUACUUGUCCUUCAUCGAUGCCUCCUACACCUCGGUCACCACCCCCAAAAUGAUCAUCGACCUGCUCUACCAGAGAAGAACUAUCUCUCUGGGGGGCUGCCUGACUCAGCUGUUUGUGGAGCACUUGCUAGGGGGGUCCGAGAUCAUCCUUCUCAUCGUCAUGGCCUAUGACCGCUAUGUGGCCAUCUGCAAGCCCUUGCACUACACGACCAUCAUGCGGCAGGGGCUCUGCCGCCUCCUGGUGCUCAUAGCCUGGAUUGGAGGCAUCCUGCAUGCCACUCUGCAGAUUUUUUUCAUGGUCAACCUGCCCUUUUGUGGUCCCAAUGUCAUCGACCACUUUAUGUGCGAUCUCUUCCCUUUGUUGAAGCUCGCCUGUGGAGACACAUACAGGCUUGGGAUGGUGGUGGCAGCCAAUAGCGGAGCCAUGUGCCUGCUCAUCCUGUCCAUGCUGCUCCUCUCUUACGUGGUCAUCCUGCACUCUCUGAAGUCCCUCGGGUCCGAAGGACUGCGCAAAGCCCUCUCCACGUGUGGCUCGCACGUGACCGUCGUCGUGCUCUUUUUUGUGCCUUGCAUAUUCACCUACAUGCGUCCCGUGGCCACCUACCCUGUGGACAAGUUGGUCACUGUGUUCUUCGCAAUCCUCACCCCGAUGCUAAAUCCUAUCAUUUACACAGUAAGAAAUACAGAGGUGAAGAAUGCCAUGAGGAAUUUGGUGAAGCGAAGAUGGACUUAA